CCUGCUGAAGAAGAUCGAGCGCGAGACGUGGAGGGAGAGCGGGAUUUCUCUGAUCGCCACCGUCACCCGGCUGAUGGAGAGGCUGCUGGACUACAGGGACUGUAUGAAGCUGGGAGAAGUGGACGGCAAAAAGAUUGGCUGUACCGUCAGUUUAUUG